CUCUCUGGCUGGACAGCGGUGGCGGAGGGAGAGCCGGCGGAGGAGGAAAAAAAGGAAAAAAAAGAAGCAGCCGCCGGUGGUGAUUCACCUUCUGAAACAAACAGGAAGAAGUGCCGCGCGCGCUCCUGUCCACCUGCGAGAGCUGUUGCCCUGCGCGAGGAGAGAGAGAGAGAGAGAGAGAGAGACACACGCGCGUGCGAAUCUACUCCGAAGACGUUAACUUUCAGCCGUCCGCUCCUCUCGUCAUAAAGAUGCAGUGUCCCGGCCGCCGCUAUCCAGACACCCCCAGCAAGGAGCAGAGGCACAGGAAAUAAGAGACUUUAGGAAACAGCAGGUCCUUAUGGUUGAGGUGGUGUGCGGUGCCCCUUGCCAUGCCUCCUGCCAUGACAGACCUCCUGGACAUAUGGGCGGCCCACUCGCACCUGGCCGGCCACGCUCUGGACAAGAUCACCGUGGACUUCCUGCUGCCCACCGGCAUCUACAUCCAGAUGGACGUUCCGCGCGAGGCCACCAUUCAGCACAUCAAACUGCUCUUAUGGAAGCAGGCUCAGUCGUUCCCACUGUUCCCCUCCCUGGGCGAGAUGGAGAGCCACAUGUUCGAGUGCGUCAACCAGGCCGCCGUGCACGAAGAACUGGAGGACGAAACGCGCCGGCUGUGCGACAUUCGCCCUUUCCUGCCGGUCCUCAAGCUUGUGACGCGCAACUGCGGCCGAGCGGAGCGCCUGCUGGACUCCAAAAUCGGCGUGCUCAUCAGCAAGGGGCUCCAUGAACUCGAUGCCAUCAACGACCAGGAGGUGAAGGACUUCCGCAGCAAGAUGUUUCGCCUCAGUGAAGAGAGGAUGCAACAAGUCCAGAUGAUGACGUGCACGGAGUGGCUGCAGGCCUGCUUCUCCCCGCAGCUGGAGCCCCCGGCGGGGACGGCCAUCACCGACGGGCUCAACGACCGGCCGGCCGACCUGAAGAUCAUCAUCCACUUCGACCAGUCUCAGGACUCGGCCAGUCUGAAGGUGCCGUCGUCCUGCGUCCCCUCUGAGCUGAUGGAGCUGGCCCUGAAGAAGUGGCUGACCACCCACGGGCCCGAGGAGGAGGAGGCGUGGCGGGGUCAGUACGUGCUGAGGGUCAGCCACUGCCUGGAGUUCCUGUGCGGAGACCAGCCCCUGAUCCAGUACAAGUACAUCCGCACGUGCAUGCAGGCCAAGGAGUCCCCGCGCCUCACCCUGGUCCACACCAGCACCGUCAAGGCCAUGUUCGACAAGGAGAUCUCCACCAUCGGCGCUGUGGUCGGACGCAAGUCCUCCAACCCGCCUUUACCGCUACCUCCCAAGAGAAGAGUUCCCACGCAAGUACAGACGUGUGUGUGGGACGUGUCCAGCUCGUUUAAGAUAGUCCUUGUGAACGGCAGCAAGGUGAACGCCGAGGAGACGGCCAAGGUCCAGGUGAGGGCGGGGCUCUUCCACGGCACGGAGCUGCUCUGCAAGCCGGCGGUGAGCAGCGAGAGCAGCGGCCGCUCGGACCACACGUGGAAAGACAGCACGCUGGAGUUCGACCUCUCCGUCUGCGACCUGCCGCGCAUGACCCGCCUCUGCUUCGCCAUCUACGCCGUCAUGGAUAAGGUCAAGAAGCAGAAGUCCACCAAAAACGCCCACAUAAACAAGUACCAGACCAUCCGCAAAGCCGGGAAAGUGCACUACCCGAUAGCUUGGGUCAACACGAUGGUGUUUGACUACAAAGGCCAGCUGAAGACCGGGGACAUCAUCCUGCACUGCUGGUCUUCCUUCCCUGAUGAACUUGAAGAGAUGCUGAACCCCAUAGGAACCAUUCAGACCAACCCGUACACGGAGAACGCCACGUCGCUCCACAUCAACUUCCCGGAGUACUCGUCGCACUCCAUCGUCUUCCCUCCCUUCGACAAGAUAUUGGAGAAAGCUGCAGAGAUCGCCAGAGCAAGUGACUGCGUAUCCAUGGGUCGCGGGGGGAAGAAGUUCCACAUCGAGCUGAAGGAGAUCAUGGAGCGCGACCCGCUCUCUCAGCUGUGUGAGAACGAGAAGGACUUGAUUUGGACGCUUCGCUACGACUGCAGGGAGAACUUCCCCCAGUCGCUGCCCAAGCUGCUGCUCUCCGUCAAGUGGAGCAAACACGAGGACAUGGCCCAGCUCCAGGCGCUGCUUCAGAUCUGGCCCAAACUGAGUCCCAGAGACGCUCUGGAGCUUCUGGACUUUAACUACCCUGACCAGUAUGUCAGAGAGUAUGCGGUGGGCUGUCUGCGUGAUAUGAGUGAGGAGGAGCUGUCGCAGUACUUGCUACAGUUGGUGCAGGUGUUGCGCUACGAGCCCUACUACGACUGCGCCCUCACACACUUCCUGCUGGAGCGAGCCCAGGGGAACCGCAAGAUAGGACACUUCCUCUUCUGGCACUUGCGGUCGGAGAUCCACAUGCCGGCUGUUUCAGUCCAGUUCGCCCUCAUCCUGGAGGCCUACUGCAGAGGCAGCAUCCCUCAUAUUGAGGUUCUAAAGAAACAGGUGGAAGCCCUGAGCAAGCUGAAGUCGGUGAACGAGCUCAUCAAGCUGGGGACCAUCAAGACCGCUCGGAGUAAGACCAAGGAGGCCAUGUUGACCAAAGAGGCCAUGAUGACUUGUCUGAGGCAGAGCGGCUACUCGGAGACGCUGUCGGACCUUCACUCCCCUCUGAACCCCAACGUGCUGCUGUCCGGCAUCAACGUGGAGAGGUGUCGGUACAUGGACUCUAAGAUGAAGCCACUCUGGAUUGUUUACAACAACAAGCUGCUGGGCGGAGACACCCUGGGAAUCAUCUUCAAGAAUGGAGAUGACCUGAGGCAAGACAUGUUGACCCUCCAGAUUCUGAGGCUGAUGGAUCUGCUAUGGAAGGAGGCGAAUCUGGAUCUCAGAAUCGUACCGUACGGUUGCCUAGCGACGGGUGACCGCUCGGGGCUGAUCGAGGUGGUCUCGUCGGCCGACACGAUCGCCAACAUCCAGCUGACCAGCAGCAACGUGGCGGCGGCGGCCGCCUUCAACAAGGACGCCCUUCUGAACUGGCUCAAAGAGAGGAACUCUGGGGAUGCUCUUGAGCGAGCCAUCGAGGAGUUCACUCUGUCAUGUGCAGGCUACUGUGUAGCCACCUACGUCCUGGGCAUCGGAGACCGCCACAGCGACAACAUCAUGGUCCGCAGCACCGGACAGCUCUUCCACAUCGACUUCGGCCACAUCCUGGGCAACUUCAAGUCCAAGUUCGGCAUCAAGAGGGAGCGGGUGCCAUUCAUCCUCACGCACGACUUCAUCCACGUCAUACAGCAGGGCAAGACCGGAUACACCGAGAAAUUUGGCAGUUUCCGUCAGUACUGUGAGGAAGCCUAUCUGGUCUUGAGGAAGAACGGGAACCUCUUCAUCACCCUGUUUGCCCUCAUGCUGACCGCCGGCCUGCCUGAGCUCACCUCCGUCAAAGACAUCCAGUACUUAAAGGACUCUCUGGCUUUGGGUAAAACCGACGAGGAUGCGCUGAAGCAGUUCCGCCAGAAGUUCGACGAGGCCCUGAGAGAGAGCUGGACAACCAAAGUCAACUGGAUGGCCCACAAUGUGGCCAAAGACAACCGCUCCUAGAGCAGCUUGAGAUCCCUCAGAGGGGUCCUGGGGGGGUCCCAAGAGGACCCGUAAAGUGCAGAGGAGACCGGGGUGUCGGCCCCCAUCAUCUGAAGAAGGGAAUCUAGCAGCAACAUACCAAACGGAAGCAGAUUCACCCCCCACCACCACCACCACCACCACCAAGCUCUCUACACACAGAGUGAACCACACACUCUCUGGACGAUCUCCUCGCAUCGCUCCCUGCACGGUGCCUCCUGACAACAAAAAAAAAAAACUUUUUCAAAAAUCCAAAAUUCACGGUCUUGUGACAUUUCUGUGGAAUCACGGUGGGUAAAAAGUCGUUUUGCACGUUUUUGCACAGGCACGGCAACAGGCAGCCAAAGGAAGGGAACUGAAGCAUCCACUCUGCACACACACACACACUAAUAAUGAGCUGUCCCCAGGGCGGACGACACCAAAAAUAAUAAUCACGUUUUGGGGGUGAAAGAAUUUUUGUCCGACGGACUUGAAACUGGGGCUUGUGUGGACUCUAAAGGGGGAGGGGGGGGGGCGCUUGGUUUGACCGCACCCCCCAGAACUGCUUUAAGUACAGCGGAGCGAACAGGUGUGUUGACCCCCCUCCCCCCUAUGUCUUAAAACGAUGUGCACACCGCCCACAAGAAGUGCAUCUUAACGCUCCCGCUGCCUCAAAGUGUGCCUCAAAACUGCGGGAAGAUUGUAUUUUUUUUUUUUUUUUUUUGCUAUUUAAUAAUUUUCUCCCGAGGCGUCUUAUGUGCUACUCUACUAGUCCACAGAGGAAACUCGUGUUGGGGAAAUGAUAAUGACGAGAGAGAGAAGGAUUGACUGGAGGAAAGGACGCAUCUCGGUCCAUUUGAACACUGAGAACAUUUAAAAAUGGUCUUUUUAAUGGGCUUUUAUUUUGUAGUUUCUUUUAUUUUGAAAUGACAACGUGCAUUGUUCCUUUUUCAACGUUUUCCAAAUCGUUGAGCAUUACUGGACAAAGUGUUACCGCCAACUUGUCUUACGGUCGUGGGCCUUUUUUUUAUUUUUAUUUUUUUUAAAGCGCCGUCCGACUCGUGAUGGCAACCAUGAGGAAUAACUGAUGCUUUUUUUUUUUUUUUUAACAUGUUAGGACCAAAAAAAAAAAGCAACAGUUUCAUCGUUCACAUUUUUUUGUUUUAAUUAUCUGUGUCUGAAUUGAAUGUGAAAUCAUGUGCCGCUCUCCUUUUUAAGUGUAUUUUGUUUUUAUACGAGCAGGUGUGGGCGGAGUCUGGGGGUCGUUGUGGGCGGGGUUUUACCAGGAGGGACAUUACACUGCGAUGCAAAGAAAAAAAACAAAAAGAAAAGAAAAAGCUACUUCCUCGUCUCGACAUACGGUGCUCCUCAGCAUCUGCAUCCGUGUUUUGAUUUUUUCGUGCAAUAUCCGAGUAUAUGAACCAUAUCUUGUCGUAUAGAACUAUAACGGUCGGUUUACGUGUGAUGCAGCUGUAUUUCGCACCACUGUAGCCUUCUCAAAGUCUCAGACACUGGAUAUUGUCAACUGUACAGGCUUUUUAUUGUUUUGCUGUUGUCGUUUUUUUGUUUUGUUUUUUCAUAGGAGUUUUUAUUAAAGUUAUUUUCCACCUUGCUGCA